AUGUCUACGUAUCUAUUCUCAAUAGUCGUUGGCGCAAUGCCUUACCGAGAAACCUACACGGAUAAGGGAGUUAGGAUCCGUAUUUAUGCUGAAGCUGAGAAGCUGAACGAUACCAGUCUUGCUCUCUCACUUGCGCCUAAGCUGCUAGCGUAUUUUGAGGACUAUUUUCAGUUGCCAUAUCCUUUGGAAAAGCUAGGUAAGGUAGCAAUCAAUUUAUCUACAAAUAACACUUGUCACGAUGUUGAUGUUCCAAAUUUGUAGAA